AUGGCCCAAUGUGAGUGGAAAUAUAGCUAAAUGAUUGGAAAUUGGACGUUUGCAGGGGGAUACUACAGUCCGUAUGGAGGGUAUGGAGGGUACGGUGGAUACGGUAGUUACUACCCCAGCUACUCGUAUUCAUAUUAUCCGAGUUACGGAUACAAUUACGGAGGAUACAACAACUAUGGGUACGGUGGAUACGGCGGGUACGGUUGGUGCGGAAUCCGAUGUCGCCGCUUUCAACGCCGUCUCAUGUGGGCUCAGAUGAUGAAUCCGUACAUGUAUGGCUAA